AUGGACCUGGCACCGUUUUGUGGUCUGUUGAUACUGUUGCGAAUUUUAUCGGUCGUCGGACGACCAACAAUGGAGAGUGAUGAUAAUUUGGACCUACUCGAGCUAGCCAUGGAACAGGACGGACGAUCGUUUUACUAUCGAACCAAAGAUGGUCAGACGCGUGAUGAAACGGUUCGGUGGAGUGACGGAAAGCUGGUCAUCAGCGGCUGGUAUCGGUACAUCGGACCCGACGGGGUCGCCUAUCAGGUUCGGUACGUGGCCGAUGAGAACGGCUACAGACCGCUGGGAAUGCAUCUUCCGGGAGCCAACCUAUCGGAUCCGAGUGCGUUCAACAUUUUGACACCGUUGGCCGUGGGCAUCUCGCGUACGGUGCUCCUAUCGUUGGUGGGUUAG